AUGUAUUGCAGGUUCCGGGUACCUGUGACAGACCAUUCUAAGAGCACAGAAGCCAUCCAGAGGGAGAGGGAUGCCUGGGUCCAGGCCAUAGAUAAGCUGUGCCUGGACUGGAAACGCAAGUCUCAGUCUGAGCAUAUCUAUGAGGAUCCUAGUGUUAUAGAUCUAAGAAUCUAUGACAAUGUCAAAGACAUUGUAGAGGAGAGCAAAUCCACAGGCAGAGAAGGCCUCAGAGUAUCUGAUCUGUGCUUAGGUGCAGCAGAUCAGCUAUCAGGGGGAAGGAAGGUGCUGAGUAUUCCUACGACCUCGCCAGCAAAACCUGUCCCGAAAUCUCGCAGCCCUGUAAAGUCACCAGUGAAUGUCCCUGUCCCUAGUCCUGUCCCUGGUUCUGUAAUUGUCCCUAGUCCUGUCCCUGUGCCUGUCCCUGGUCCUGUCUCUGUACCCAUCACCCCUGUGAUCCCAGCACCCUGCUUCAUCCCCAUGCCUCCUCCAUUGACCUUUAAUAAACCCAAUAGAAAACCCUUAACAGAGCGAACCAGGGCUUUUCACUGGGAGGAAGUUGGUUCAGAUAAGAUAGAGAAAUCAUUCUGGACAUGGGGAAAUCCUGGGGAGAUUGAAAUUGACACUUCACGCUUGUACGAGCAAUUUGCAGUUCAAGAUUUGGGAACGUUCGGUGGGAUCACCGAGCACAGCAAUAACCUCCACAUCAUGCUCAACACGAAGGUGGCGCACAACUUUAAUAUUUUCCUCAAAGGUUUCCCUGUGCAGCCAGCAGAACUGAAAGACAAACUGUUCUUGGUUAAUGAGGUUGAGGGAGGCUUCUCUGAUGAACAGAUCACUUCCCUGAGGAGAUAUCUACCUACGUCAGACGAUGUGGAAAUGUAUAAAUCCUAUAAGGGGUCUGUGUCAGAUCUGCAUGUUGUUGACCAAUACAUGAUGGAGAUGUGUAACAUUCCUUACUUGAGUACCAGACUGGAUCUGCUGAUGACUCUGAGAGAGCUUCCCAUAAGCAUGGAGGAUCUGCAGCCACUGAUUAACCAGAAGAUCAGGAUGUGCACGCAGUUAUACGGCUCCAGGUCAUUCGUCUCCGUGCUGGAGUACCUGCUGUCCAUCGGCAAUUACCUCAACGAGAACGCAGGGAAGGGAAAGGCCAAGGGAAUCCGCCUCUCCUCCUUAACUAAACUCUCCCAACUCCAUGGGACAGACAGGAAGUUCACCUUGCUGCAUGCCCUUGUGGAGCAGAUCAUGUUGCACGAAGCCAGCUUGGCCACUUUUCCCCAAGAGUUGGCAGAAUUCGAAACUGUCCCUGGGGCUUCCAUUAAAGGCCUCACUGCUGAAGUGGAUGUUCUCAAGAAGGAGUUACAGAAGGUCAUUCAGUACAGGAAAACGUACAAGAGAAGAAACCAAGGCAAUCAAUACCCAAAGUUUUCCAAAGACCUGAAGAUGGCGAUUGAGAAGAACAACACAGAUCUCUCCCUGCUGACAAAGAGGUGUGAGGAAAUGAAGAAACUCUACACUGACAUAUUGGGUGAGGGGUGA